AUGAAGUCGCGGAUCAUAUCUUUGGGGUAUCUACUGUUGACUGCGUACACUUGUGUGUGCUAUGGCGCUGAAGUUCCAGGCACUUAUAAAAGCACAAAGAAUACGUUUGAAGAUGGGAAGGUGAACUCUAUCGACCAGUCUGAUACAGCUUCCUUAGUCACGCGCUCAAGUGAACCGACAAGCCACACUCUGGCAAGCUCUGAUCCUAACGAAGCGCCUAAUGCAAGCUCUGCUCCAAAAGUGGAGGCAAAACUUCAGACAGAUUAUGAUUUUCAUGGCUUUAAUAAAGAAGGCGAAGAUAAAGACCAAGAUGAUUAUCAUGAUGAAGAUGAUGAAUUAUUGUAUGGAGAUAUUGAAGGAACCAAUGAAACCAUGGGAGAACAGGUUUCGACCAAUCACACAACAGCUACAAAUUUAAAUAUUGUUAACGGUACAAAACCUGUAGAUGACUCUGGCCAUGUAGAGAAAACAAGCUCAGGAAGUGGGUCAUCUGGGAAUGCAGAUACAAACCCAAGCAAUGGUCAGGUUACUUCAAACACUCCCGAGGAAAGUAAUAGUCAUAGUGAAGUUACAUCCUCCGAGCAAAUUCAUGGAAUCACUUCUCAGGGUGCUGACAAAACUCUAGGAAAUGUGAAUGUAGACGUUUCUGGAAAUUCUGGUACGAAUGUUCACGGAAAUAUUGGUGAAACGCCUGGAAACGAAGCAAGUACGUCAGCUGGAAUAUCACAGAAUGUUGAGAAAAAUAAUCAAGCUACUCAAGAACAUUCUGGUGAGCAGAAUACAGAGCCUCAGUCUGGACAAUUUUCAAGUCAAACUUCUCAUCCUGUAAAUGAGGAUAACGGAGGCAAUACAGAGCAGGCAACUGCAACAAAUCAAGGUACCGCAUUAAAUCAGCAAAAUACUGACCAAAAUACAGGAACGAUGUCUAGAAAUUCUGAACAAUCUGGAAGUUCACAAUCUGUGAGCGAGGCUAAUGGAGACAAUACAGAGCAAGCAAUUCCAACAAAUCAACAGCGAGGUACCGCAUUAAAUCAGCAAAAUACUGGUCAAAAUACAGGAACCAUGUUUAGAAAUUCUGAACAAUCUGGAAGUUCACAAUCUGUGAGCGAGGCUAAUAGAGACAAUGCAAACAAGCAAGGACAAGGCAACAACUUAAACGAGCACGGAACUGAUCAGCUUCAUCCCAGCGCGACAGUUGGAAACAAUGGAAACGGUGAUGCGAAUAUACAGAAUAGUUUAGAAAAUCCUCCUCAAGGGAACGACGUGGCAAAUACACAUGGAAAUGCCGACACAACGGGAAACUCGAAUUCAGAGAAUAAGCCAAGCCAAGCUGAACCUUUGUCAAAAGAUGGGAGCUCAACUAUUGACACAAAUAAUCAAAAUACUCAAGGAAGUUUUGCAACUCAGAAUGAAAAAGAUGGGAGUCUUAUGUCUAAUAAGCAAAGCCAAACUGAACUUUUGUCAAAAGAUGGGAGCUCAAAUAUUGACACAAAUAAUCAAAAUACUCAAGGAAGUUUUGCAACUCAGAAUGAAAAGGAUGAGAGUCUUAUGUCUAAUAAGCAAAGCCAAACUGAACCUUUGUCAAAAGAUGGGAGCUCAACUAUUGACACAAAUAAUCAAAAUACUCAAGGAAGUUUUGCAACUCAGAAUGAAAAGGAUGUGAGUCUUAUGUCUAAUAAGCAAAGCCAAACUGAACCUUUGUCAAAAGAUGGGAGCUCAACUAUUGACACAAAUAAUCAAAAUACUCAAGGAAGUUUUGCAACUCAGAAUGAAAAGGAUGUGAGUCUUAUGUCUAAUAAGCAAAGCCAAACUGAACCUUUGACAAAAGAUGGGAGCUCAAAUAUUGACACAAAUAAUCAAAAUACUCAAGGAAGUUUUGCAACUCAGAACGAAAAGGAUGGGAGUCUUACGCCUGGUUCCCAAGACACGCAGACACAAAAUAAUGUUAAUUUAGAACACGACAACGCAGACAAUACUCAUGAUAAUUCCGGUGUUAAUCUUAAUCCUGAUCCUAAUUCGAAUGUUAAUCUUAACCCUGGUGGUAGUCUUAGAAAACCAGAGAAUCAAGUUCUCCCAGAACACACUCAUGCAUUGAACGAAGGCACAAGCCAAGAACAACACGGCCCAACGGAGUCAACCGUUCAAAUGUCUUCUCCAAAUUCAAACAAGUCUAACAAUGCACAGUCAUCAAGCAAUUCACUCGAGGCAAGCACAGAUUCUGGAUUAGAAGCGACAGGAAAACCAGAAUAUAUCACAGCACAACAGGAUGAAUCACAGUCAGAGAUCACGCAUGCGUGGGGUGGUACAGGAGGGAUUGGCGGAAUUUCACAGAAGGGCAAUGAAGGUAAAGGUUCAUUGCGUAUUCAAAAUAAAGCGUUUGUUUUCAUAAUAUUUCAUGCACUAACUGCUGUAUUAUCAAUACUAGGACGUUAAAUUUUGCAAGUGUUGCUUUUGUUUUCUAGGACAAAAUGUACAUCCAUGGGAGAAGACUUCAUCACACUCUAACGACGGAGAAAAUUCUGAAAAUCAAACACCCGAGAAUGAUGCACAAAGCCACAGCUCUAAUAACAACUUAGAUGUUUCUGAACAAUCUUUACCACAGACAACCCACAAUUGGGGCGGGGGUGAAUCUGAUGAGAAUUCCAUUACACAAAACAAUAUGCAUGACAGUCCUAAAGAUGAUAAUAAAUACGUAACAAACGAAACAGGAAAGGAUGCAUCAGACGGCGUAACAGCGCCACAAUUAAAGCAAGAUGGUCUAAGUAUUGGAAACAAUCAUUUGCAAACUGGAGAACAAGACAAGUUAGAGACUAAUAACCAUCAGGAGUUGCCGAAUGUCAAUUCCUUGAAUGGAGACACAGAAGGCAAAGGAACCAGCCCCCAAGAGAACAGAUACACAGGAAGAACCAGCCCUCACGAGAAUAGAGACACAGGAGGAACCAUCCCCCAAGAGAAUAGAGACACAGAAGGAACCAGCCCCCAAGAAAAUAGAGGCACAGAAGAAACCAUCCCCCAACAAAAUAGAGGCACAGAAGGAACCAUCCCCCAAGAGAAUAGAGACACAGAAGGAACCAGCUCCCAAGAAAAUGAAGAUACAGUUUCACAAAAACAUAUCGGAAAUAUGCCAGGUAAUGCUCCUGAAAGUUCUGGCACAGAAGAUCAUAACAGAGAGCAACAUGCAGAUCGUCCUGAAGAUCAAACUGACACUGAUCAAAACGAUAUUCAAGAUAAUUCUGUUAUGGGAGGAGAACAAGUCCAACAGAAGAUUCAGGAUAACAGUAAGGAACACAAUGACAUCUCUCAAGGCAAAACUCCACAAGAGACACGAGAUGGUCUGUCUGGAAACUCAGCAGUAGAGCAAGACAGACAGGAUAACCAGAAAAGUAACCACAAGAAUGCAGACAAUAUAAGCAACAUACCACCAGGAAAGGAAGACAACCAACACCAAGAAAACAGCGAAACAUUUAAAGGGAAUGAAGUGGUAUUGUCAAAUGGACAACACUCUAAUGAUAAAAAUGGUAACGAAAUCAACAAUGGUCCUCCAGGGAAAGAUAUUAAUGACCAAUUCUCACAAGAGAGAACAAAUAGCAAUGAAAGAGCAGAUAAUAAUGAAGAAUUAAAUAAGAAUUUCAAAAGUUUACACAACGGAGACUUGAAUGCGAAUUAUGCACACAGGAUUUCGCAAACUUUGAAUGAAGUUUUUUCGAAUAGUGAUUCUGGAAACUUGAAUGAAAAGAACAAUAUCAAAGAACAAGAAAAUGUGUAUGAUUCUAAGACUUCAAAUGAUGACGAAGUAAAGUCAUCAUACAACAGUAUGAGCGAAAGUGAAAUUGGAAACAAUAAUAAGCAUGUGGUGUUUCAUUCUCAUUUGAAAGGCGAAAAUGGGAAUAUUUUUAAUCAAGGUGGGAAAGAUCUUCCAGAUGUAAGUGUCAGCAUGUCUGAUGACAGUUUUGGGAAACAGGAGACAGGAGAAAAACAAGAUGGAUUUAAUUCGGAAGAUAAGAAACACAAAAGUGACAAACACGAUGACGGAAAUACGAACGUUGGAAGUGACAGAAAUAGCGAGAAGGGAAGUGAUAACAUUUUAAAAGAACAUCAUUUUUGGCAAGAAAUACACAAAGGGAAAAACUUAGGGAACGGUCAUAUCAAGGAAGAUUGUUUGCAUUCCGAAGAUCCUGGGUGUAUUGGCUCGAGACGUAAGCCACACAAAGGCCAUGCUGAUGGAGCUCUUGGUGGGAGUUUGGUUAUGAAGAAUCCUUGGCAAACAGGGGGAGGAGGAACAG